CGCUGUUUGCGUCGAUCCCCAUCCCUCUCCAUCAGCAUUCCUCUCUCUCUCUCUCCCUCUCCUCAACCCUUCCUUCAUCCCCUCACGCCUCUCCCUCCCCCACCCCCUCUUUUGCGCUUCAUAUCACCGCGCGCACCGUCCGCAAUUAUGAAGCUCCUCCUCCGCCUGGCACUAUACGUGGCGGCGGUCCUGUGGUGCUUGCUGGGCGUGGUCCUGGCUGGACCACCUGGCGUCAAAGAACAGCCCCCUGCUCUGAGCACUGCCGAGCUCCUGGGCCUCGCCCGCCAGACGGGGAAACCCAUUUUCAUCAAGGCCGACGCCGAGUUCAAUUCCCUCUUUCAAUUGACCAGUGCCUCCUCCUCUGAACGGGCCUACGAUCUGUUCCUGAUCUUCACCAGCCUGACGGAGCGCUGCCCCAACUGCAUGUCCCUCCACCCAACUAUUGAGCUGGCCGCGUCAAAGCUCCACACUGAGCAGGCCGCCGGCGACCGGAAGAACACUUUCAUCGCGGUCCUGGAUUACGCUGAUGUUCCGAGCAUCUUCCGCCGCGUCGGCGUGCAGACGGUCCCAAUGAUGCUCUACUUCGGCCACAAGAAGCCCCUCGAGCCGGUUCCCUUCACCGUGGACAGCUCUUCGCCGAUCUACGUUUCACUCGGGAACUUCCUUCGUGAGCAGACCGGCCUCGCGCACUUCACCCUCACCCCGCCGCCGAAUUACUUCCGUCUUGGGAUGACCGCCCUGGUGGGUCUGGCCUCCGUGGUCUUGACGGUGGUUUUCUGGCGCAAGUUUUUGACUCCAGUGCUGCGAAUUGGUCCCCUGCUUGGCCUCGGUGCACUGUUCUUCUCGGUGUACAUGCUCUCCGGGCACAUGUGGAAUCGCAUCCGCAAGGCGCCCCGCUCGGUUGCUGGCUCUCUCAUCUCGCCGGGAUUCCAGACGCAGAACGUCGCCGAGACCAAUGCUGUGGCUGUCAUCUACGCUCUCGCCGCCCUGGCUCUUCUCGGCUUGACGGUGCACAUCCCAUCCAUCCCAUCAGGAUCCUUCUACAAGCGCCGGGGGUUCGUUCUCUUCUAUGCGGUCCUUCUCCUGGUUACGACGUCGGUGUCCUUCGCCAUCUUCCGUGCGAAGAUCGGCACGUACCCCCUGCGUCUGCUGUUCUGACCGGGAGGAAGUUGCAAAGAAAGGGCAUGACACAACUGCAGCCACUGCAGCUGUUCUCCUCUUUGUACUUGGGGCACCGUCCCUCUCUUCCAUUAAAAAAAA